AUGUCGGCUCCGUUCGCGCGCCCCUCCGCGUCCAUCGCGACCCCGCGGAUCCACCGCACCCGCCGCGAGAGGCUUCGACUCGACGUCGCGCCAUCGUCGAAAUCAGCGGUUCCGACGACGACGACGACGCGUCUUCCCGCGCCGACCGUCCACCGCGCGUCCGUCCCGACGAGGGCCCACGCGCGCGGCGGCGCGACCUCAUCCGCGGCGACCUCGUCCGGUGCGUCGUCGCCGGUGAGCGCGUCAUCGCCCCUCGGCGUGCACGCCCUCGUGUGGACCGGGGGUUGGUCCGAAGCCGACGCGCACGACGCGUGCGCGCGAACCGCCGCAGCCGGGUACGAUAUCAUCGAGAUACCCCUGCUGAACCCGUCGUCGGUGGACGUGGCGAUGACGAAGAACGCGCUGGCGGCGCACGGCCUCCGCGUCGCCACGUCCUUGGGCCUCUCCUUCGACGCGGACGUGUCGAGCGACGAUUUAUCGAUCGUCGCGAAAGGAAACGAGUUGCUCGACGCCGCGCUGGACGUCUCCGUCGGUAUCGGCGCGACGCACAUGUGCGGCAUCCUGUACAGCGCGCUCGGCAAGUAUCCGAACGGGUGCACCGCGACGGGCCGCGCCAACGCGGUCGCCGCGAUCAAGAGGCUGGCCAAAAAGGCCGCGGAUACGAGCGACGUUGUGCUCGGUUUGGAAGUUGUCAACCGGUACGAGACCAACUUACUCAACACCGCGGAGCAGGCGAUGGCGUUUCUGAACGACGUGGACGAGCCCAACGUGAAGAUCCACCUCGACACGUACCACAUGAACAUAGAGGAGAGGUCGUUGGAGGCGGCGGUGGUUUUAUGCGGCGACAGACUCGGGUACGUCCACGUCGGCGAGUCCGAUCGCGGGGCUCUCGGUAUGGGCAACGUGGACUUCGACUCCCUGUUCCGCGGGCUUCGACGCGUCGACUACGACGGUCCCAUCACGUUCGAGAGCUUCAGUAGUGACGUCGUGAGCCCCGACCUGAGCGACGUGCUGUGCAUCUGGAGGAACCCGUGGGGGUUCGAGCAAAGGGACGAGCUGGCGGUGGACGCGAGAUCGUUCGUGCUCGGGAUGAUGGACAAACACGGCCUUCGUUGA